AUGAUAGAUAUGAUAAUGACGAGCGUCGAAGCUCCGAUUUAUGGUGAAUUACAGAAACGAUGGGCUAAUCUGAAUGACUUUCACAAUCCAAAAGAUUUCAAGGAACAUGGAUGGAAUAAACAUGGUGUUUGUGCAGCAAGUGAUGAUUCAUUUACAUUAAAUGAAUUGGAUUAUUUCAUUGUUUCACUUGGGAUAAAUUUGAAAAUGAAUUUAAUGAGUGAAUUGGCUUUAAUUGUGCCGGAUGUUGUUCAUGAUCCAACACUGCCUCGAACAGAAGAUCAUAUAUGUCGUCGAUGCGGUAAACAAGAAGCUGUAUUUUUUCAAUCACAGACAUUGAAAGCGGAAGAAAAUAUGCGUUUAUAUUAUGUUUGUACCAAUGUUGAAUGUUUACAUAAAUGGACUGAAUAG